AUGAACGCGCAUAUAGGUGUGUACUUCACAAAAAAAAAGAAUUAAAGAAUUUUUAAGGAGUAUCUUGUGAUGGUUGCUCAAUAACUGCCUUUUCUGGUCAUCGGUACAAAUGCCUACGCUGCAACGACUACGAUCUCUGUCAACAUUGUUAUCUCAGCAAGCAGUUUGGCGAUCAAACCCGUUUAGAAAUCAUGCCUCACGAGGAAAGCCAUCCGAUGCAACUCAUGAUGACCCAGUCUGAUUUUGGUAUUUUUUGAAAUUACAUAAACAUUUUCGAUUUUCUUUGCUGCAGAACUCGUGUAUGAAGGAGACAGUACGAAGAACUACGAAAACUGCAAGAUUGCCUCUUUUACCUGCCCAUACUGCAACAUGAACGGUUUCGGUAUCAGAUCUUUUGGGAUCCAUGUGACUACGAGACAUCCUGACCCACCUUCUUACAACGUCGUGAGUAACCUUCUUUUGCUUUCUUUUUCAUUCGUUUUUUCUUUAGAUCUGCCCGGUUUGCAUCGCGACGCCUGACCUGGAGACGAGUUCGAAUCGAGACACGGAGAACUUGAAAACUCAUUGGAAUGAUUUCCACUCAGCCAGGUAUUUUCUCAAUUCCUGAUUCUUUUUAAAGAUAUAUCUUUCAGUGUUGAUAAUAAUUACCGAAAUGAACCGAUACGAGGCGUUGUUCGACGACCGAUGUUGGCUAGACGAGCAGGUCGUCAACAGGCUGGAAAUCGGGCAGCUCUUGCAGGUUUCACUUUUCUCUUUUUUUAAUCCCUAAAAUUAGUCUAUGUUUGAUAUUUUAGUUUCUGUUAAUUUUAUGCAUACAUUCUUUUUUUCCGAACACUUAAAAAAAAUGUUCUUAGUGAUUAACAUCCGGAUAACUUCGUAAAAAAACGUCACUGUUUCAGAUGAAAUAGCUCGUUUAUAAGAUUUGGAACUAAAUUCGAAAAAAAAAAUAGAAAAAAAGCUGUAGCUAAUACAAAACCAAUUACAGUGUUUUGGCACAGUUAUGCUGUUUAUAUAUAUAUAUUUUUUUACGCCCUAAUUAAAAUAUUUCCUUAACAACACAAAAUGGAUUUGUUGCCCAUAUAUCAUUUUUCAAACAGACCGUGUUUUUGUUAGAAAGUUAAUUAAUCAAUUUCCGGCUUUCUUAAGAAGCUAUUUUUAUGUUCCUUUCACUCUUUUUUUAAUGUGUUUCAAGGCUUUUUACUUGUUUUUAAAAGUAUACUGAAGAUAAUUAGAAAGAUGUUAUGAAGCCUUUUAUGGUUACGCAUGUUUUUAAAAAGUUUAUUAGUUGUGUUAUUCUCUAGUAUAUUAACGGAGGUACAGGAAAUGCGGGAAUCACAACGGCGGGCGCUCCGGUUCACCUGGGAUUCCCGUGGGCGGUUGAGGGCGAUUUGGAGGUGGAGGAUGUCCUGAGAAAUAUCCGGAAUCUCGCCCCUCUUCCCAACCUCCCCAACGAGUUCCAGCGGAUCGGAAAUCAAGUAUCAUUCCCUGAAAUUGGUUUGGAACGGAGGAACGAUUCAGCCUCCUGCUGCGGCGCGGGAACAACUGCGAACGCAGAUUCUGGCGAAUCAAAGGCUGACGGCGACUUCUUUACCUGGCGCGACCGUCCAAAUCGCGAGUAAUGAAUAUGCUCAGCCGAGGACCACGACCGUCGCUGGCGCAAGUGCUGCCCAACCUACGAAUAGCCAGGUAAUUUUUACCUUUUGUUCAUUUUUCGAAAAAAAAAGCCGCAAAGAGAGUAGAAGUAAAAAGAAAUUGUUUUUAUAAACGUGAAUGACAGCUUUUUUUCUCUCAAAAAGUGUUUUUUAAUGAUAAAAAUGAGCAGAAUUAUUUUUAAUUUUUUUAAAUUUUCAAUAUUGUUCAAUCGAUCAACUUUUUCAGGUUAUUCGACCUUUGCGUAUGUCGGCCAUCUAUCCACCUACAAACGACAUGUUGGAAGUGAGAAUUGAAUUAAUCUAGGAAAAGCGUUAUUAAAUUUCAUAAAAGCCUUUUUUGGCUCAUGACUACCACUCUUUCAGAAUCUCAAGUUUUGGAUCCCAUAUUUUAUUUUUCUUACACUUUGAAUGAGAUGAGAAGGUUUUUGAGGUAAAGAAAUACGGAAAGUCUAAAAACUUGAUUUUCUUUGAAAAAGUUUUUUUUCAUUCUGUUCAAACUUUUCUUUAGGAAAUAAGCUUGGAAGAUAUUCCGUUGGACGAUUACACAGAGGACGACGGCAGCGAUGACGGCCAUCUUUACCAAGAAGCUUCAUCUGCGGCUGAAAUGUUUUUCGUUUUAAUAAGGUCCCAGGUUUAAAGAAGAUUUUCAGAAAAACGGGUCGAAAGAAGUUGGGAAAAUGUGUGGCGGAUAAAAUCUGCGUAAGUGAUAGUGAAUUCGAGCUGUAUUUGGCGACCGAUGAGGUGGGUGUUUUUCAGAAAAUAAAUCUUAGAUUUUCAAAAAAUAAACAAAAUUGCUCUAAAAGUGGUUUUUUAUUCCUCAAAAUACUUUUGUUAAAUAUAUUCAUUGGAUACGCUGAAUGAAAAUUCAAGCGUGACAGGUGUAUUUUUUUUAGAAAUUUUAUCGUAAUAUUGUUUUUUUUCCCGAAGAUACAAACUUUUUUCACCUUUUUUUUCUUUCUUACUUGUUUCUAACCAUUGAAACAUAAUUGAAAAAAAGAAAAGAAAAAAAAAACGUAGAAAAAGUAUUUUCUUCCUAGUUUUUCAGGACUCUAGCGAUGAAGAAGAAAUCGAUGAUCAAGGUCACAGGAUCAAGCCUGUGGGCAAGCCAGAUUUGUGCCCUGAUAAAGAAGCGACUUGGAAAAGUUUCCUGAAUCUUUACUCACUAUAUUCCUUCCCUUGACUUUCAGAAAUCCGGGAAAAGCUGACCAGAGACGACGUCGAAGUCCUGCUUUCCUCUUUGAGAGCCGAACCUUCCCUCGGGGCCGACGGAGAAGAAUUGUUUGAUUUUCUUGAUUUUUCUUUCGAAAAAUAUUGUUUGGUUGUAGAGAAUUGCGACAAUUGCCAUUCAAAGCGCCCCAGCGUCACGGCGUUCCUGCAGAUGAGGGUCAGAAUUUUCGUUAAUUUUCUCGAGAGAAUUUCAAAACUUUCCAGGAGUUCAAAGCUGGCUGUCUCUGCAGUUUGAUGCCCCGCCGAUUCGGUCUUUUGGCACGGAAACUUAUUGGAGCGACAAACGUUUCCUUAGACAGAGGUAGUUGCAAAGAAACAACCAAGUAGAAAAUUUUCAAUUUUAAUUCAAAGAUGGGUGUUUAUUUAGAAUCGAUACCAUUUCAAAUUUUUUGAUCAAAUUAGAAAAUACAUUUUUCUGUAGUUUUUUUUCUUGAACUUCUUCUAAUCAACUUUUUUUCAGUUGAAAACUUCAAAAAAUGUUAAUUUUUUACGGUUUUAUGGGUUGUAACGAUAAAAAAAUUUUUGAAAAAAAUAUUUGAACUAAAAACGAAUCGCAUUGAGCACAUAAUAAUCAAGUAGAAGUGCACUUUUCAAUUAAAAAAAAUAAUGUUAUAACGAAGCUUUUCUAUUUAUCUCAUUCUAGUUUAUUUGAAAGUAUCAAUAAUGGUUUCGAAGUUUUUUUUUAAAUUUUUUAGGGGUUUUUGAACAAAGAAACCCGUCUCUCUGGACCCGAAUUCAAUAUUUAUAGAAAAAGUUUUUUUUUUCAAUUUUUCUUUUUUAAAAGGUUUUCAGAAGUUUUCACCGUGUUUAACAUGAUUUUUCUUCUUUCUCAUCGAUGUUUCUGAAAACUCUGUUCAUAGGCGGUUACUCCGCGACCAAAGUUCGGUUUCUUCCCGGGAGGAAGAUUUGAGACGUGGCGAGGUCGCUUUGGCUUUGAUCACGUCUGGAAUCGAAGGAUUACCUUCCAAUUUGCGAUAUUUUGACAGACCAGGUAAUGAAUUGAAUUUCGAUUCAUUUUAUGUGCGUUCUUUGAGAUCGAACUUUACGGAGAAUCUUCCGAAAUACCAAUUUCGAGACAAUGAGCGUCCCGACGCCCGAAGAAACAACCGAGCCAGACGAAGCUUGUAGAGAGGUUCAUUACAUUUUUUCCCUGAGGGUUUUUGUCGAAGAAAGUCAAGGAAUUCCAGUUUUUGUUAGAUAUCACCAUUCAUAGAUUAGGUCCAAUUUCCGCUAAUUAAUUAGUCUCUCUCUCAUUAAAUUAAUUAGUAAUUUAAUCGUUGAAGUUUAUUUCCGUACUUGAUUUGCUUGAUGAAGAUUGAAGUCUGGAAUCUGUUGAUACUUGGAAUCUAUCCGUAAAAAAUUGGUAAGAAAAAAAGCCAAUUAAUUUUUGAGCAAUUUUCGGGAACUUUUUCACGUAGAUUUUCAAAAAUUCUUCCGAAGUUCGAGAUCUUUUUCAACCCAAUUAGGUCAAAACAUGAAAAUAUAAAAGCUUUUGAAUUUUUUUUUUGCAGUGGUUUUAGUGUGCUGUGACAAGACCUGUCUAUUUUUUUUUGGAGGGUAAAUCAGAAAAUUUAUUAUUUUAAUCAAAAUCUCAGGCUGAAGAAUCGAUUUUAAAGUUAGAAAUUUGAAAAAACGAGAAUUGAUUUUGAAGGUGUUGAUGAAAGAAGCGUCCCUUCGGUUUGCAAGUGAACGAGUAUCUGCGGCGGGUCCUUCAGGGGUCGAUUCGAAAGAUGAUGUGGUUCCCCUGCACUCUUCUACCCUUAGGUUUGCUUGUUUCGAGAGAUAUCAGAUUUAAAAAAAACUAUUGAAAGCUCUUGAGCUAAAGAUUGCGAAGGAAAUUCUUUUGAAAAUUUUAUUUCCAGGUCUAGGAAAUUCAUAGGAAGUCGACAGAACCUUAGACUGAGGUUUCGAAUUUUUCGCUGCUGUGGAGUUAUAAAUGUAUUCAAAGAAAUAUUAUAUAUUCAUUCGUACCGUUUUUUUAUCGAACUCUUCUUGGCGUUUUUCCAGUACCCUUUUUUCACUAACUUCCUGGAUCACCAUAUUUUUCAGCAACGAGGACGACGGGGAGUCUUCGGAGAAUGAUGACGCUGACGAUCAGUAA